AACAAUUUGCUUUCCUUUUUACGGCGAGACGAGACAAAAUAAACGCGAGGGAAAAUAUAUGCGAUCAUUCAAUCGGCGAGUCUUAUUCUAAAGGGGCAUACACGUGUCAACCGGCAAAGUUACUUUGAUACGCGCUAUGUUUGACAUGUGGUGCGUAUGGUAAAGCGCUUAGAACUUUGUCUCGUGUAUCCCAACCCAGACUCACGCACACGCGCACGCACGUUACCUCUCUCGUACAUAUGUAGAUACAAAAACCUCGUAGGGGAUUCGCGGUGGGAGACGCAUUGGUAGGAAGGAACGGAGAAAGAAGAGGGCACGUUGGGAGUAAGCGCGUGCGGUAAACGACGCUUUCAAACUAAAUUCAGUGACUCAUGUACUUACUUACGACACAUGCGAGGAGUGAGCGAGUGAAUACAGUGAGACAGUGAGCCAGAGAGAGAGAGAGAGAGAGAGAGAGAGAGAGAGAAAGAGACAGAGGUGUGUGGGAGGAGGAGAGAGAGAGAGAGAGAGAGAGCGAGAGAGACUAGGAGGGAGGGAGUAGACGCGCUUUUGUUCCGUUCCACCCUGAAUGAUGGCGCGGUCUUUCACGAUAAAUCGAAACAUUCGAUAGCAUCAGCAAAAUCAACUCGUCGAGAAUCAAAUUCAAAGUUACGAAUCGAUAUCUCGUUUUAUGCACGACAAUCCGGUGAGCAUUGUCAAGGCCGAGCAAGGCCGAGCAAUGCCGAAUCGGUCGCAGCCAAGUUCAUUGGGAGAGGCAUUACGAUUCAGAACUAGGAAAUCAAUCGAAGGAUGGAAGUUAAAGGGCGAGUUGCCCUGGUAACGGGGGCUGCUUCCGGUAUCGGCAAAACUUACGCCAUCGAGUUAUUAAAUCAAGGAGCCAAGGUAUCGAUUUGUGAUAUCAACAGUACGGAAGGUGAGAAAUUGGCCGACGAACUGACCGUGCAAUAUGGAAAAGAUCGAGUGAUAUUCUCCCAGUGCGAUGUCACGGAUUAUCCACAAUUCGAAGCGUCGUUUCAAACAACGAUCGCUGCUUUUGGACAUAUCGACAUCGUCAUCAACAACGCCGGUAUCAUGAACGAUCGAUUCUGGGAGCUCGAAGUCGACAUCAAUCUUAACGGUGUGAUACGUGGCACUCUCUUGGCUCAACGAUUUAUGGGUACGGAUAAAGGUGGACAGGGUGGUGUAGUCGUGAAUACCGGAAGCAAUAUCAGUAUCAACCCCUACGUCAGCGUGCCCAUCUAUUCGGCUACGAAGGCGGCAAUCGUUAGUCUUACCAGAGCAUUUGGGGAUCAGUAUCACGUGGAGCUAACGGGCGUCAAAGUGAUGGCACUUUGUCCAAGUGCCACGGACAGUAAUUUGGUGGCAGAUGUUGGAAAACAGUUACUUUCGCCGCGAUAUCAGGAUGCCUGGAGUCGAGAUACUGCUUCUUCGGUUCCACAAAAAGCGGAGCACGUUGCCAAAGCGUUGAUUCAUAUUUUGAGUAUGGGCAAAAGCGGAAGCAUUUGGAUGGUCGAGAACGGUGAACCACCUCGCGAAGUGAACUUUCCAAAGUAUUAAAUAAUUCACUUAAGAGAAAAUAAUAAAAAGAUAAGUUUUAACGCGUCCGUCUUGCACGACACGUGAUUCUUCCUCGCUUUGACCACAAGAUAACUAUGCCGUACCAUAAUAUUACGUAUAAUUGUAUCGAUUUUAUAGUCGAACAUUGCCGAAAUCGUAAGUUCUCGAUCGAACUCCGUGACGAUCACGCUCAGGAUCACGAUUACGAUAUGAUCGAUCGAUGUUCGCUCGAUGAUCAUGUCGAAAGACGAUCUGUCGACAUUUUGUACGUUUUUACUCAUUCAACAGAGCUGUAAGUAGCACCAAUUCGAUAAAAUUAGCACGCUAGAAUCGCGUCGAUCGCUUGAACGUUAACGGAUACGUCCGUUGAUCAUCCGCUUUUAAAAAUGGAAAAAAGUACGUGUGAGUGAGUGAGCGAGUGUGUUUGUGUGUAUGUGUGUAUGUGUGUGUGAGAGAGAGAGAAAGAGAGAGAGAGAGAAAGAGAGCGAUUGACACAUGAAGUACAUACUCGUAUUAUAAGUAAAUAGGUACUAUUCGUCCGUCGUGCGUCGACGAAGAUAAAAACAUGAAGUUAUAAAAAGUAAUAAGAAAGCAUUAAAUAUACCACAUUUUUCUACAUAUUUUUGCGGCCGAAUAAAAGACAGCAAAUUUGAAUAAAGGACUGGGGCAAUUAGCGAGGGCCUGACAAAUAAUAUUCACAAAUCGCUUCUUCGAAGAUGCGAAGCAUUCUUACCGUACGAUAGAAAGCUCAUUUCUUUUACUUGCAAAAUAAAAUAACUGAUAUCGUCGUUAAUAAUAGUAACAAUUUGUCAAUAAUUAUUUAUACCGAUAAUUAUUUGUACCAAUGAUGCUUAAGAACGACAGAGUAACGAUCUUAAAGAUCGAAGCUUAAUCAUUAAUAAUAAUUAAUCAUCGAAAAACGAUUUGGGUGAGCUGACUUUAUAAUUUUGAUACUUAUAAUGUGCAUAAUAUCAUAAUUGCUUUAUCGACUAUUCGAUCGCACAUUUGUAUACACGAUUUAUAUAGUUUUAAGCCUCGACCAAUUGAGGAUUUAGAAUUGAUUAUUUUCUAUUGUCAAUAUUAAUUUAUAAUUUUAUAUGUUAAGUUAAUUUCAAUAUAUCAUAAUAUAGGUGACGAGCGAGAUUUCGGAGGAUGAAACACGUUCAAAGCAAAUACAUGCAUACAUACAUACAUAUGUAUAUUACGUAUUCUGGAUCGACGAGAUAUAAAAGAAAAAAAAAAUCUUCAUAGGUAGUGGAAACUGUUGUUGGUUUGUUUGUUAUGAUUUGCUGAGAAUGUAUGUUGCAAGCUUUGCCAAUAAAAUCGCAUAGCUUUUUAAGAAAAUCGAAAAGAAGAA